CCAGCAGCAACAGCAGCAGCACCAGCAACAGGAUCGGCCCGGUCAGGAAAGUAAGCUUCGAACGGUUUUCGUUGUUUCAUCAGUUGCAUUUUUGUUUUCUUUUUUUUUUUUUUUAUUUAAAACGUUCGGUUCGUAUCUCCGAGUAGAGUUGUUUCGUUGUUGUUGUUGUUGUUGUUGUUGCUCUGCCGUUGUUGCCGUUGUGCCGAUGUGAUGCCGAUCAGCAUCACCACCAUCAACCAUCAGACCUGCUGUUGUUAGUUUGUUCUUGUUGUUGUUCAUAUUGUCAGUGAUUAUAAAAAAAAAAGAAAAGGGAAUCUCCAAAUUCUUGGUCUUCUUCUUCUUAUUCUUCUUCUUGUGGACUGUGCGCGUGUAUAUGCACAACAACAACAACAACAACCAUCUUUAUUAAACUUCAACUGACAGCAAAAGAAUCGUCGUCCCCUUUGGCAAAGUGGCUCAGAUGAUUCCACUCGGUAGGCCAACAUCCAAACCUAACUCGACGGGGUCCAAUAGCAUCGAAGGCACCACCACUGGCUGCUGGCGCCCACCACCGACUACCACCACCCUUAAAAAGUGGUGGCCAUGGUGGUUGUUGUUACCAGGAUGUUUCGCAUCCUGGACAAAGUAUGUCGAGGAAUACGACUCGAUCAGAGUUGCAAGAUGCGAUGCACGCUGCGGUGAUAAUCAUCCGGACGAGUGUAUGGAAAAUUGUUUGGCAUCGAAUUACACGAAACCUGGUUAUUGUCCUGAAAGUGCUUUUAUGUCACCCUUCGAAGCUGUUUGUUUGAUUGCUUGUGACAGCGAUUCACGUUGUCCAGAUUUGACCAAAUGUUGUUCACACGAUUGUGGUGUCACGUGUAUGCAUCCUGUCGGUUUGGAUAAUAUAACUGAUUUACCACCGAUUCCACAAAAUCUUCAGAUAAGACAGCAAAAAAGUAAUCUCAUACAUUUGACAUGGCGAAAUAUUGGACAAGUAUAUCCUAAUUUGUCUGUUAAUAGUGACGUCAGAUAUUUAAUCGAGGAACGUCAUCUCCUCGGUCCACGUUAUUUAGAAUCAAGAUUGAGUUCUUGGAUAGUUAGGCAUGUUUCUACGAAACCUCACGCAACUCUUCGGGGUAGAUUGAAAACUGGUCAUUGGUAUCAAUUUCGUGUUGCUGCUAUCAAUGGGAACGGUUCUAAAGGUUAUUCUCAACCCUCGAGACCUUUCAAAACGAAAGAACCACGGAAUCCUAAAGAACCACAGAACUUAACCCUGUCAGGAGCACGUUUGAUUGGUGGCAAGUUAAGAAUCAAUCUUCGAUGGGUUAAACCAACAUCGGACGUUCCCAUAACAUUUUACAAAGUUUUUUGGAGUCGACGGAUCAAUAGUCCAACCAAUGAUUCUGUAUUAGUUUUUCAUAGGACUGUUAGAAAGAUUGAAGCCGACAUCGGGAGACGAUCUCGCAGAUGCGAAAGGUAUCAAGGUGGUCUUCACGUAAGAAAAAUGAUUUGUCAUUGCGGUGAUGUUAAGGUACGUUUGGUAUGGCCGAUGAAUCAAGAUGCAAAAAUGUAUAACGUCAGUUGGAAAGAAGAAUCAUGUUCGUCCAUUUACGAUGAUACAAUUGAAACAAAAAAAAGAUUACUGUGGAAAGUUAUUCAGACUCCUCACUAUGAUUUACGUCAUCUUAAACAAGAUUGCACUUAUACCGUCAAUGUUAGAAAUUUAUAUAACAAUGAUAAAAUAGACGAGCAUGGUACGAGCAUAGAAUUUUUCGCAACCGGAUGUCAACAGGAUCGUGAUGAAAAAAGAUGGAAGUAUUCGAGUAAUAAGGGAGCACAAUGUAAAAAAAAAUCAUCCAAAAGUAAAAAGUAUACUUCAACUGACGAUAACGAUGAUUCCGAUUAAACCAUUUUCAACAUCAACAAUACAUAUAUAUAUAUAUUUUCAAGCAGAACAAUUCACAUCGUAUUAUAUUAUUAAUUAUUUUAC